AUGAGGGCCUACCAACAGAACACUGGGUCUCCUCACCCGCUGAGUAGUCGCUUCGACGUUCGCCCAGUUGCAAAGCGGAAUGGAAACGUGCCCCUUGUCAACUACAAUGCAGACCUCUGGUACGGGGAGAUUGAUGUGGGCACGCCCCCAAAAACGUUUACAGUGGUGUUCGACACUGGUAGUUCAGACCUCUUCCUUCCAUCUACCAAAUGUACUGCCGGCUGCGUUGGACAUACACGAUACGACCCUGCUGCAUCCUCGUCUGCCAAAGAUUCUGGUCAGCCGUUCGUGCUCACGUACGGCGCUGGGGAGACAGCGGGUAAGCAGUACAUCGACGAUGUUUUUGUUGGGGGUUACGAAGCCAAGAAUCAGACCGUCGGCGCCGCAUGGAUAUAUUCGCCAGAGUUCAGUAAGGACGGGUCUUUCCCCCCUGACGGUCUCUCCGGUCUGGCAUUCCGCGAAAUAUCAGAGUUUGAGGGAUCUCCACUAUUCCAAACACUGCUAUCUACUACUCCAGGAGAUAGCGAAAUGGUCAUCGGAGGAACAAAUACCAAUCUCUACCGCUCCGACACGCUCACUUAUGUUCCUGUGACGGAUAAAGGCUACUGGCAGGAGGUCAUCGAGUCGCAGGCCGCUCCUGUUAUCAUUGAUACGGGCACCACUUUCGUCAUCACGUCCUAUUCAAUCGCACAAAGUUACUACGCUAAUAUAUCUGGAGCUACUGCCCACACGGAGGGCGCGGAGACAUACUGGACAAUUCCGUGCGAUACCAUCAAUUCCACCGUGCCCACGUUCACGUUUGGCAAACGUGCCUUCAAAGUCUCUGCGCAGACGUACAACCUUGGGCCAGACGUUCCUUCCAGCGACUGCUUAGCUGGGAUUGCUGCGUCUUCAGAAAUGGAUUUCACAAUUGUCGGUGAUGUCUUUCUUCAGAACGUUUAUUCGGUGUUUGAUUACGCAAACACGAGGGUAGGAUUUGCAGAACUUGCUUGA